AUGGGCCUAACAGCAGAAAAACAAAAAGGCAACCCUCCCCCAAAAUUAGAUGAGCCCUUCCUUUAUUUUGAACAGCAUCGCACUGACGAUUUACCCCCACCCGCAGCCAACCCUGCGGCGAGGCAGGGCGGGAGCCGCUCGCCACAUCCUCUCCUCAUUCACAGGGUCGCACCCCGGCGUCAACUCACCCAAGGAAGAGCUGAAGCACCGGCGGGGCCGGGGCCCCGCUGCCCCCGGGGCACCGGCAGGGGCCCGACCCGGCCGCUCCCGACCCCCAGCCGGGCGUGUAUCCGGCCGGGGGAGGGAGGCGGGCAGCAGCAGCGCCUGCCCCGCUGCUCCGAGCCGGACCGGGGGAGGAUGCGCGCCCGCCCGGGGCGCGGACGGGGACCGGCCGGCUCAGCGCCGCGGGCUCUGCAGCAGGAGCCGCCGGGCACUGCCGGGGCGGGAGAGCGGGCCCCCUCCCGGCAGCGCUCGGGCCCGCGUGUGCCCGUGAACCCCCGCCUCAGGCCGCCCCUUCCUCCGCGGCCGCCGCCAGCGUCCCCCCGCAGCCGUGGGGCACGGGCGCGUUCGGCGGCCCGGCCGCUCCCCGCCCUGGCCGUGCCGCAGGGGGUGCGGGCACGCCGCGCCAGCCCUGCAGGAACCAGCAAGGCAGGCGAGAAAAGGCUCCCUCUCUCCCUUCCCUUUUCCCUCCCGGAGGGCUCCCCUCCUUACCGGGCUGCCGGGGCUCCUCUGCCGCCUCCGGGCUCGCUGGGGCCGGAGCGAGUGGCGGCGGCGGCUCCUCCUCAGCGCCUCCCCGAGCCCCUUCCCCACCCUCGUCCUCCCCCGCUCCGCCUGCGCCGGCGUGAGCCGGCGGCCGGGAAUGCGGGAAGCGCGGUCGGGCUGCGCUGGAGCCCCGCAGGCUCCCUCCAGCAGGGGAGGGCGAGGGACCCCCAAAAGCUCCUAAAUCCAUGGUGA